AAAGCAACUUAAGUUAUUACAAUAAAAGAUCUAAAACAAUUUCAAAAAUUGAUACCAAAAUUCUUGAAACCCUUAACAUUGGCCGCGUUAUAGAAAAAUCAUCUAAAGUGCAUUUAAUAAAUCUUUUAACAUCGUUUGUGGCAUUGGAUCAAAGAUCGCCUUUGACGGUGGAGUCCUCUUGUCCAAAAAGAAAAAAAUGCGAUAUGGAUCGAGAGCGAGAAAGAGAAAACAAAUCAUUGGAACCUAGGGAUUUGUCUGCCACCGGUAGAAUAUAUGCCCGGAAUGACAUAAAAAUAAGUCAUUUCUCUUACAGCGCCUCUCCCACAGUCUCACCCACGAUUUCCAACUCCAGCUCUCCCACACCCACACCCCCAGCCAGUUCAGCGGUAACACCUUUGGGUUUGCCACCAGGCACGGUGGGUUCGGUUAGUGGCACUUCGGGUUCGGCCAGUACAGCGGGUUCGGCCGGCAGUGCGGCUUCUUAUUUACAUGCGAAUCAUAAGCCAAUAACGGGUAUACCCUGUGUGGCAGCCGCCUCACGUUACACCGCUCCCGUGCACAUCGAUGUGGGUGGCACUAUAUACACCAGUUCUUUGGAAACAUUGACCAAAUAUCCCGACUCAAAAUUGGCCAAAUUAUUUAAUGGUUCCAUACCCAUUGUUUUGGACUCGCUGAAGCAACAUUAUUUUAUAGACCGUGAUGGUGGCAUGUUUAGGCAUAUUUUGAAUUUUAUGAGAAAUUCGAGACUGUUAAUAGCGGAUGAUUUUCCCGAUUUGGAAUUGUUGUUGGAGGAGGCGCGCUACUUUGAAGUAGAACCUAUGAUCAAACAAUUGGAGAGCAUGCGCAAGGAUCGUGUGCGCAAUGGCAAUUAUUUGGUGGCGCCACCUACACCACCAGCACGCAUUAAAACCAGUCCCCGUGCUGCCACCAGCACAGAAUACAACUAUGAAGUGGUGGCUUUACAUAUAUCACCCGACUUGGGUGAACGCAUUAUGCUGUCUGCCGAACGUUCGCUUUUAGACGAAGUAUUUCCCGAAGUCAACCAAGCCACACAAACCAGUCGCAGUGGGGUGUCCUGGAAUCAAGGCGAUUGGCGUCAAAUCAUACGUUUCCCGCUCAAUGGUUAUUGUAAACUCAAUUCUGUACAGGUGCUAACGCGGCUCUUAAAUGCCGGCUUCACCAUCGAGGCCAGCACUGGCGGUGGCGUAGAGGGUCAACAGUUUUCGGAGUAUUUACUUGUAAGACGUAUACCAAUGUGAUAAACUGGAAUAGAUGAUAGUGAGGCAGUUGAAGCAGUUUAAUGUAUUGUAAUUUAUGUUAAAAUAAAAUAAAACUAAUUAAUAUUUAAAUGUGUUUAAGAACAGCAACGUUUUUUAAGGAUAACUUUAAACUAAUUGUAUGGUUUGCUAAAUAAAAUGCUAAAAGCAAUAAUCAAAUAUUAUUAUACUAUACUCUACUAACUACAACAAUAGACAAGUUUAAAAUGAUACAAUUGAAACAAAAAA